AUGGACUGUACUGCAUAUAAUGUAAAAUUUGAUACUGAUAAAACAUCAGUUACUUUAUUACAAGACGUAUUAAAUAAACAAGGAGUACGCACUGUUCAGUAUGAAUUAUUACAAAUAGAAGGCGCUGUUAGUGCACCGUCAUUUCAGUAUCGUGUCACAGAUGGACGAUUUGUGGCUUAUGGUCAAGGAAAAUCAAAAAAAGAAGCUAAACAAAAUGCAGCCAAGGCUUUACUACGUAUUAUUCAUAAAGAGUUUCCAGAAUUAUGUUCAGAUCCUUUAUUUGAGUCACAAAUUGAUUUUACCUCAGACGUGAAUGAAACGUUUGAAACAAUGAAUUUUGGAGAUAAUGAUGAACGUAAUCCAAUUGGCAUGCUUCAGGAACUUUGUACAUCUCUGCAUCUUCCUCCUCCAGUUUACAUAACAGAAUGUGAAGAUGGUCUUCCACAUCAGCGUUUAUUUACUGUUUCGUGUAAUGUCUCCGAGUAUAAGGAGACUGGUGUAGGCAAAUCUAAAAAGAUUGCAAAACGACUUGCUGCCAAUAAUCUUUAUUUGAUGCUAAAAAGCAUUCAGGCAGAUCUCAGUCUAAACGCUGGAGCGGCCGAGAAUGUAGAUGACUUUGUUCGUCAAGAGUCCAGCAAUUUAAGUGGAUUGAAAAAUUCUAAAUCCACUUCUCAGUUUUAUAGGUUACCUGAAAUUCAUAGACAUUUACCGAUAACUGAAGGCCCUUGCUAUAAUGAUAUAAAAAAAAUGGAUGACGAACAAUUAUAUUCGUGUAACAGCAAACUGAUUUUGGACAGUUUUACUGCUGAACAAGGACUGAUAGUAUCAUUUAUUGAUUUUGAAGAGCUCUCAAGUACCGGCAAAUAUCAAACUUCUCUUCAAAUAUCUACUCCCAUUACUGUGGCUUUUUUCGGUGAAUCCACUAUCAGCUACGAAGAAGCUCAACAGGAUGCUGCGUAUAGGUCAUUGGUAUUUUUUAAUUGUAUAUUAAAUAAUAGUGCAUUAAAUUUGGUGACAGUUACUUAA